AUGGCGGCCACGAUGAGUUUUAGUGGUUUGAUGAACUUUGGCGAGAAAUCUUCGAGUAAUUCAGCUGACAACUGGCAAGAUGCAAACACUGCUUUAGCUGAACUUGAUAAAGGUACGUUAACAUGUAGAGGUACUUAUUUUAUCAGUGUUUUUGUACCUGCAAUCGUUACUGUCGAGAAAUCUUCGAGUAAUUCAGCUGACAACUGGCAAGAUGCAAACACUGCUUUAGCUGAACUUGAUAAAGGUACGUUAACAUGUAGAGGUACUUAUUUUAUCAGUGUUUUUGUACCUGCAAUCGUUACUGUUUUCAAUGCGCUUAUUUACUCUUUCUGAUCAUUUGCUAGGCCUAGAGGUUGAACAUAAAAUUUGAACAGAAUAAUCAUAUCAUUUAACAAGGACUCUUUUUUUGACUUCAGGACUGCGAUCAAGUAAGACAGGAGAACAGUGUGAGGCAAUUGUCCGGUUUCCAAGCUUGUUUGAGAAAUAUCCGUUUCCUAUUUUGAUCAACACUGCUCUAUUGAAGCUUGCUGAUGUCUUUCGAGUUGGGUAAGCUUUACUAUAAAAGCUGUGGUCACUGUGGUCUUUCCUCUUUAGCUUUAGAGGUGUACCCUGUUGUGUUUUAAGGUUUUUUACUGUCCCCAAUGUAGGUUGCCUGGAACCCAACUUCACUUAACAUUGUUAGCAUGAACUGUGAUCAACAUAUAAAUUCUCCUUAUGUCACUUUUUAAUCAGUGAGGUAGGAUACCGGGGGAUCCUGGGAGGGUAGGUGGGAGGGGUACAGGAGGUAAAAAAAGAAAGAGUGGGAGUUCUAAAAAUGCAACAAGCAGUACAAAUGGACGAAAUUACACAGCAAUCCAAAAUAUUUGCAAUCAAAUUGAAGGGUUGAAGGGAGGAAGGCAAGAGAAAGGUUUGGGAGCCUGGAAUGCAAGGUAUGGGAGGUCGGAAGUUUGGAUUUAAUCCUCUCUCCCCCUCCCUCGCUUGUUUUUGAAGCUGCUGCCCCAAAUUUUCUGUAAAAUACUCCUGUAGUCAAUAUUUUUUAGCUGGGAUCAUUUCUUGAUCGUCAAAAUAGGCAGAACAAACCAAGGGACCUUGAUGUCACAUAUAGAUAAUGUCAUUGCAACUACCAACCCAAUUUAUACAUAUAAAGCCAACUGGUGUUUCUGUCUCACUUUGCAAUCCACACAUGUUCACACGUUCAAAAGGCGAUGCAAAUUUUGACAAAAUUAUAAACUCGCUUCACAAGGAAUAAUAUGUUCUGACACAGACUUAAUAGUUAUCUAUAUCUUUAGUCAAAGCUCUACACAGAAUCACUCAGCUGCAAGCAACAUAGUGAAACCGCUUCUUGAAUUUUCCCUUGUCUCCACUUUUAUUUCCCUUCUUUGUUUUAUUAAUUAUCAGAUUUUAAAAGAAAAAAACCAGGAAAACAAAAUAAACACCGAGCUACAGGAGUCUUGAUUGAUUAUUCAAUGAUGAAUCAGAAAUUUCAAGAAUGGCUAUCAAAAGUUAUUAAUUUUUGUUUUUUUCAUUUUUUAGGAGUAACUUUCUCCGACUAUGCAUUUUGAAGGUCACUCAACAAAGUGAGAAACACUUGGACAAGAUUUUGAAUGUUGAUGAAUUCUUGAAACGCAUUUACUCUGUUAUUUACUCAAAUGACCCAGUUGCAAGAGCAAUCACUGUCAGGUAUUGUAAAUAAUUGAUAAUCUUAUUUAUAACAAUAAUAUUUUAUUAUUUAUUUAUUUAUUUAUUUAUUAUGUAAAACACAAUUUGUAAAGUGGUACAUGUAUGGAUCUAUUGAAACGUGUUGUUUUAUGUAAUUUAGAGUUUUUUUCAAGUGUUUUAUUUGACAACUUCAGAAGACUGUAGGAAAAAAUGUUUAAUACAACAAAUAUUUGUAUUCUAAAAAACCUUCUUCACUGUUUGUGAAAUCUCAGCAAGUAUGAUUUUGGUUGUUAUGUAGAAGACAAAAUUAAUUUCUCCAAGUGCUGUUAAUGGGCAUGUUUCAUAAAUUGAUAACUAUCUACAGUGUUUCCUUUAAUUUUUGUUAAUUUUUCUAUGUCCUUUAUUUUUUAUUUUUGUGGUUUUACUACAGCAUAUACUGAUAGUACCUUUUGUGUUGUUGAUUAAUAAUAAAUAAAAUAUUUACAUUCUUUAAAUUUUUUUCUUACUUUCAGAGUUCUUGGUAGCAUUGCCUGCAUUGUGUCAGAGAGAAAAAAUGUCCACCAUAGGUUGUUAAUUUUUUGCAGUCAGUAGCCAUUCUCUUUUUUAUAGAGUUAUUGAUUGACUGAUUGAUUGAUUAAUUUUGCAUAACAGUCAUUGUGUCUGGAUUUCAUUGCAGAGAUAUCUUUAAAAGAUUAAAACAAUUCUUCAAGAGCAAAGAUGUCUAAAAAUUUGACCCCACUUUUGGCAUUAAAAUAUUAUUAUGUUGUUGAACAGUUAUGCAUCUAAAUUGUCAUAUGGUUAGUGUGGUUGUGGUCAACAAAACGUCUGGUACCAUGUGAACUUAGCAUUGAUUUCCUUUGUCUCGUAGGGCAAGAGUUCAAGGAAAUUGAGAAUCAACCUAGGUUAAAUCAAAAUUAACCUGAAAAUCAAAUUUGACCUGCAACAUAUUCAAUUCAUACAUCUUUUUUCUUUGACAAAAUUUCUUAAGUCAAUUUAAGUGAUAGUGUCUCAUUUUGAAAUGCAAAUUUCAGUACUUUUUGUCAGCUACAAAAUUACUUGUCCUUAAUUUAGUUAUAUUUAUAUUUCUAUAACAGCAUCAGAAGCAGUUUGGACUCUCAUGAUGAAGUGGAAUUAGAGGCAGCUAUUUUUGCCACUGACAGAUUUUGUUCUCAUUCAAGGUAUACUCUUUGAUAAAUCUUCAGAACCCAUGAAAUUAACUUCUGCCUGCUUCAUCUUUAGUACUUGUCAAUCAAGCUCUAAAACCCUGAAUUCUGAAAACUUAUUUAGGUGGGUCUAACAAAGUAUUGAAUUGCAUUGUAAAUUAUAAAUGUACAGUGUAUCUGAAAGCCACAUUAAAUACACACUUUGAAAUUUUCUUGACCCACUUUUGUGCAGCAUAUUUUCUUGGAUUUGUUCUUUGGUUGCAGUGUUCUUACCAGACCUAGGCAUUGCGGCAUUGUCGCACUUUUUCGGGAAAUGCCGCACUAUAAUUAGCCCAAAGAGUCCCAAGGUUGCAAAGAAGGAAAAAACAUAUUACAAAACUUAUGCAAGCAUAUGACACAUAGAUACAUUUCCUUAUAGAGCGGUUUUCACUUGACUGUCGAAAGGGAUUGGUUUUGGUUUUGGUUUUGGUCUUACUACGCCCUUUGGUUGGCUAGUGUAUUUACUUUGGUUUUGGUUUUACGACAGUCAAGUGAAAACCGCUCUAAUGCAAGCCCAAAUUUAAUUCAAUUGGUUAUGGCAUCUUUAGAAAACACGCAUCAUUAUCUAAGACUCAGAAUGUGAAAAUGUUGAGUUGACUGUAUCUGUAUCUUCAGAGAUUCCAACCCCAUGUGAUGGAAAAAAGGGAGUAAUUAUUAGCGCCGAAGGCGCAAGCUUCUAGGGGGGUCUGGGGGCAUGCCCCCCCCGGGAAAUUUUGCAAAUUUAGGUUCUCUCAAGUGCAAUUUCCUGAAUUUUGACAUCAUUCCGGCCUGAGUUAUAACAUACCAUAAUGCUCUUCGCGAAGAAAGUAAGUAUAAUAUGAGUGUUUCACAGUGACAGAUCACCAAAAAUUCUAAAGAUUAGCAAUUUUUCCCUAGUUUUCAGAAUUUUAUAAUAAAUCGGGAGAAUUUGGUAAAAAUCAGGAGAGCGGGAGGCAAGACAUCAAAUCGGGAGACUCCCGAUCAAAUCGGGAGGGUUGGAAUCUCUGGUAUCUCCCUCGUGAUGCCCCUUUUAGCUUCUCUAUGGGUCCUGUGGACCCCAGUGUAUGAAAACCUGCUAAGAACACUGUUGAUUGCUGAUGGAAUAAUACUAUAUUGUAAGAAGUUUUUGUGUUAAUUAAUUUUUUUUUAUCCACAGGGAAUUUGCCUCUGGCCUUUAUAAUAAAAUAGCACAACUAAUUGAAGGUAACAUUAACACUGAAGCUUCCUGCCGAGUUUUUGUGUCUUUUUUGUGUUAUUAUUUUUUUGUUUACAGGGUAAGAUGUGAGUAACAGAAUGAAUUUAUGAGUUUUGUUACAACCUGUAGCCUGAUAGGUCAAUUUACUGGCCUCAAAAUAUCACAGUUUUUAGUAUUUUUAGUUUUACCUUAUCGGCAUUAGUUUGUGUUUGUUAUUCAAAUGUGCCAACAGCUGAAACACAAGAACUCCACGUUGCCAAUGUCAUUAAGCAACUGUUUGGUAUAUUUUUUGGCAAAAGGUGACACAAUGUACGAUGUGAACUAGUGCUCUCACAGUAAUGACUGCUUGGUUGCAAGCAGCAGGAGACAAUACUUCCUUGAUGAGACAUUUUUUCUUAUCUCAAAUAAGGAAGAAGCACCACUAUAAUACGUGUGUGUCAAGUUAAAAUGUUCUUUUUUCUCUCAGGCUUGAGCACGCCAGUGGAGAUGAAGCUCAAACUUAUCCCAAUUUUCCGCCACAUGCACUUUGACUUACAGUUGACAGCAAAGGUUAGCAGAAAAUAAUCAAUAUUUUGCUCUUCGGUGCUCAUUGAGUAAAUACGUAUACAAAACUGUGCUCUAAGAAAAAUUUACAAGAGCCAAGAACUCUGAACCUACCCACAGGUGAUCUUGAAAUACAAAACUAAUGUAACAUGUCUUUGUAAAAUUAUUAAUGACCUUUGAAUGAUCCAGGGUUAAGCAUAACUCUUUUUCUAAACACCUUGCAAUAAAUUGGAAGCAGCUGGCCUCAACGAAAAGUUCUAUUUGGCUUCUAUUAAACCGCUGCCUGGUUAGCUCAGUUGGGAGAGCACCGGUCUGCUGAAUGGGGGGUCGUGGGUUCAAACACCAGCGGGACCAACACUCAGGGUCUUUAAGUAACUGAGAAGAAAGUGCUGCCUUUGUAAUGACAUCUGCAAAUGGUUAGACUUUCUAGUCUUCUCAGAUAAGGACAAAAAACUGUAGGUUCCAUGUCACAGCACUUUCACUGAUCUGUUCUUGUGGGAUGUAAAAGCACCCAUACCACUGUUCAAAAAGUUUAAGGGACAUAGAACCCAGUGGUGUGGCCGACCAUUAUGGGUUGUGGGAUUGAGUAGGAAUGGCACCUUGCAUGGGACCUGAGUCCCGUUUGUGCCCAUUCCCGCUGGGCAGGCCUGUGUCCAGAAGAGCUGGGUUUUUUUAUUAAUAAAAAUUAAAAAAUAGAAAAAUAUUAAACUGUCAGGCUCUCUAACUGCAAAUUACUUUAUUGUUGCGUAAACAAAAACAGAAUUUGCAUCACGUUAAAAGUCACCCAGGACUUUUUUUGUGCACCCCUUAAUGGAACUGCCUCACCUCAUACUAUAGCUAUAAGUUUUGCCUUGAACCCUAGGUCAGCACUUAUCAGCCUUCAAACAACUGGGCCCAGAACUGGAACUAACAGGUAAUAAGCUUGUCCAUUUAAUUAUUAUGUUUCCUUUUCUCUUCACAGGUCCAUGAGCUGUGUUCUUCACUUCUCAUCUCUCAUCCAGCCUGCAGAUUUGUAGUAGUCACUCUUCAUACUUUGUCUUGCCUGGCAGUAUCUUCCAUCAUUGACAUUCCAAAACAGGUAUUAAAAAAAAACAGCUUUAAAGAUUCUAAUUUAUGGGUAAAGAUAUGUUUUUGUAAGCAUGUCUUUAGCUAGCGUUUCUAGUGUAUUGUAGCACCUGUAGCAUUCCUGGGAUGGUAAGGCAUGUGACUGUGGUGUAUGACUUCCUUGUGCUCAAAUUUCUGUUGUGCAAUAGCAUGGCAUUCUUUCUCUUGGCCCCAGGGGCUUGUGGUUGGGUUGUGGUUGGAACGUUCAAGGGCCUUUGGGUGUGAUUGUGCUUUCAGCCCCCAGACCCCCUUGGUGUUAUAUGAUUUCCAUGAUAUUCAUUUUAUGAUUGGUUACUUUUUAACACUUUCUUAUUAUUGUUGUAAUAUUUUAGUUGGAGUUAUUACUGAAAUACUUAGCCCAGGAUCCAAGGAAAGUGGUCAAGAAUCAUGCUCUUGGUGACUUAAAAAUGCUUGCCAAAGGUGCUCCACACAUGUGGAAAGCUUCACACACAGAGGUACUUAUUUGGUUUCAGUCCUCUAAAAAUUAAAUCAUAAAGUUCAUUGGAACUUGAUGCCUUAUCUACUUCCAAUAAUAUAGAGUGUCUCCUACAUGUAUGCAGGCUUUUGUUCCUAGAUUUGUUCUGGUGUGUCCUUGAUUGUAUAGAACACAAUAGUAUCAUCCUGGAAUAACUAGCAAAUGUUUUUUUUAGUUUUUCUUGAAAGUCUGUUGAGAGGCUAAAGAGAGUAUAUAUAAAGUUUUACAACUCAACUGUAAAACGCAGUUAAUGGAGCGUGACGCCCUCAAUCAACAAGAUGUAAUGCAGUGUUAUCCUAUAGCCCUUAUCAAAUCUCGUAGAAGUUUACUCGUGGUGGGUAAAACUACUGGGUAGUACGUAAAAUCACGGCUAUAGCUGGGAAACUACUGAUACAAUAGCAAUCCUUGUUUUUUGUUGCGGUUGAGGCUAGUUUCUGAUGUAUCGCUCGUUUUGUAUGGCUAGUAAAAAUAAUUUUCCUCAUGCAUAUCUCGUGGAGCACUUUAGGUGCACGUUCUGUUCGGUAGUACAGUAUUUUUCAUUGGCUUACCUUGUGAUAGCACUCGGACUAUAAAAGGCCUAGUAAAAGUCCUGUGCCUCAUUCCGAGCUGUAUUGCGAAGUUGGUUACUUCAACCGUCCUAAAGUUUUGUAAUUCCCACCCUUCCCUCCCUUUGGAGGCUUUGUUGCUGUUCCUAAUAAACACGGGCUCACCGCUUUCUUUCGCUUUCGGUUUAAGUCUCACGGCGACUUCCCCAAGCUUUGAUUUUAACGCAAACUUUUAUAUUUGAUUGUAUUCCAGCACGUGCCGGCGGAGUCGGCUCGUAGUGCUGAUAAGAUAAAGUUCCUAGAACAAAAUAUUUGCCUACACCGUUCCAUUAAGUUGCACGAUGCUGGCCGGAGGUUUCAGCUCGUAGUGCCGUGGAGUGUUAGGCCGUAUUAAGUUUGUUUCUUUCAGACCUACCUGAACUUGUCCGAUCCGGCGCGUGUAAAUUAGCGCCAGGGAGAUAAGUAAGGCUUUAUGGUCACGCUAUGGAAGUCGUCCACCACGCCGAUCGCGGAGCGGUGUUCCCCCCAUUACGCCAUCUGUUUGUUGUCUCAUUUUAUUACACUUAUUGUAAAGUCUAGCGAAAGGAACUACGACAUUAAUAGGAAAAGAUAAAUUACUGCACUUCAGACUGCUAACUUCUUUCUUGACAGUAACAAUUUUGUAGUUUAUCUGACUUUGUUCAAAAUACCAGAUAUUUCCAGUUGACCCAAAUGUCUCCUUGUUGUUUUUAGGCUCUUUGUGAUUUCAUCCUAAGCAGCUGUUAUGAUAAUUUGACAUUUGCUGCCCUAAGAAUCUUGAGAACUUUAUCAAGAUCUGAAGCUGUCACUGGCCUGCUUAAUAACGACAAAGGUAUAUCAGUUUAGUUUCUUUUAAGACUAGUCUUUUUUGUCAAACUCCAAUAAACAGUGAAGAUCUGAAAUAUUUCAGAGUUCUUGAUUGUGUAGUGAACAAUAACAAUAAGUAAGACGCAGACUAACCACAAAACCAAAUACUUGUAACAGUAAUAUCUCAAUGAUUGCGUUUUUCUUUUUAACACUAAAAUUGUUCCCAGAUUAGUUAUAGUGCUCAUGGUUUUGCGAGUUUCAAUGUAAGAAAAAAUAGUAAAAAUCAUGAGAACUUGGUAUUUUGUGUGUUAAAAUAACUAAUAAUUUAAAUUUCACUUUUUAACAACAGAGUGUGCUUGUUGUCUCUUAACCCUUUACACCCUAAGAUCAAAAUUUGAUUCUCAAGCAAAUUCAUCUUGUGUGAUCAUGUCUGUAAUUCUCAUGACCACUCUGUUUUACAAAGCAUUGAUAUUACAAGGAGAAAUUUGAUGCUGAUCACUCUUAGGGCUUAAAGGGUUAAUUAUUAUUUUCAUCCUCGUGUCUAAAUGUGUACAAAAGAAAUAAUGCUGGGAGGGAGGCUUUUGCACAUAAUUAUAUCCUUCUUCACACACAAGGUACAUGACCAUCCGACAUCUGACAGCCUUAGGGAUAUUGAAAAUGACACAGUUUGAUGAUGUAUUUUUCUUGCAAGUAGCCUAAUGAGAAAGUGAAUGACAUUAUCUAAUUUUCAACUUACCUUAACCCAUGUCUUUAAAUAUGAUUUUAUUGCAUUAUUCCUAUUACUGAUUCCUCUUUGUUUUCAAUAGUAUUUGAAAUCUGUCAGAAAGAAAGCAACUCCUGCAAUUUAGCUGUAGCAGCAUUAACUUCAGAACUUCUCGUCAACAUUGCAGUUUCUGCUGUAAAGAAUGGUAUGUAAAGUUAUGGGUGAAUCUCCACAGAGGAAUGUUACCUUGAACCAGUCAAAUUGUAGGAGGCAUCUUCACAUUUUUAUCAACUUAUUUUAUAUGAAUACUAUUUUGAAAAAUUAAUUACGACAGCAUCUUCAGAACCCCAACUUAAGACCUCCCUGCUAUUGCAACCAUGCAUAUUCUUUUGACCCUAACAUAAAUAUCACUGAGUCAUGUAUUAUUUUUGAAGACCCCGUUAAUGCGACCAGCUUGUUAUGAUAACCAGGAUGUUAUGACCUUAGGGUAGUCGCAUUAGGGGGGUUCCACUUUAUUUUUUUUUUGCUGUAGAUAACAAAAAUGAUGAUCUUUGUGAACAAGCAGCUAUGGCACUGGAGACUUCCACUGUUGUUUGUUGUGUUAGUGGACAACUUGAACCAUUGAAGGUUAAGCAUGUAAUUAUUAAUAGCUCUAAGUAGUAUAUAGAUGAAUUUUUACUAAGAACUCUUUGUGGAAAAGUGCUGUUUUAGAAAAACUUGUACAUGUUGUAGGUUAAAAUCAUUGUUAUGUGAAAAUGAUUUCAAGUGAGACUUUUUUUGUAGCAUAUCUGUGAGGAGAACUAUUUUGAAAUAAUAAAUCAAUGCUUUCUGUGCAAGCCCAAACCCGGAAAGCUGUAUUCUUAUACUGGGAAAAGAGCAUGUAUUGAUGCAUGUAAGAAACCUUAAAUGGAGCUUUGUGAAAAAAUUUAGAGACUAAGUGAAAAUUUCCACAAAGGCAUGGUAUCUUAACAAGAAAUGUUUCAGGUGAGGUUUUCUCGACUGAAUGUUAUAUAAAAUUAUUUUUUUCUGUUCUUGGUUAGGUAUGCUUGUUGUCAAUGAAUAAUUUGGUGGAUAGCUAUCCUCAAGCAGGCUCAUCUCUGAUGGAAAGUUUAGCCAGUCUCUUGCCAUCAUCAUCGGGUAAACAGAAAAAAUAUAUACUACCAAGGUCAUAAAAUAAUCCUUUAGGAAAUUCAAAGAAAAAUCUCAUAUGAACGAAGUUAAGGCAAUGUUAACGAAACCAUGUCAGCCAAUUGCUUUCUUAGAAAAGUGUCAAAAAGGCAGAUAGCUCCUGAUGGAAAAACGUUUACUAGCUUUAAAUGACCCAGUUAGAGACAAAUCUUGAGGUGCACAGAUUUUCUGCAGUAAGUCAGACAUUACUAAAGAAAAGUACACCCUUAGUGUCUGAGAAGUUCAAUUAUUCAGUUUAAUAAAGUGCAUUUGAUCAUGUGCCAUGGAAAAUUGCACUAUAUACGUUUUGUUAAUUAUUUAUUAUUAUUAAUUGUAAUUGCAGAGGCUCUAUUUCAUCAUUAUUGCUGGCAUCAAAAACUUUAUGGCUAUAGUAGCUGUUUUUUCUCUUAGGUGCAGUAGCCCUUGCACUUUGCCGUACAAUGGUCAUUAUGGCAACACAGAUGCCAUAUGUUGUGGCUCCUUUAAGAAAUGAAAUUGUUUCUCAUUUUGCCAAAGUUGUGGUUGGUGCUGAUGACAACAGCCAGGAAUCAAAAGAUUUAGUGGUAUGUAUGUAUGUACUUGGCUCUGUUCCUUCGGUGUCUGUACUAUGGAGUUUUCACUGUAAACGGACCCUAAACUAUAAUCUUUUUUUAUUUUAACUGUAUAUUUAACAAUUAUUUUUAUUAUUAUCCCAUGAGUGCACAUUGGAUAUGAGUUGGCUAUAAACAUCUCAUAUCCAACAAGCGCUAGUAGAAUUGUUUUAUUAAAAACUCCCACAAAAUAUCAAGAAUUCUUCCCGACUUUAUUUGUAAAAACAACCGAUUUUCAGUUUGUCUUUAAUUUUGAGCAGACAUGUACAGUUAUCGUAUUUGGAAAGCAAGCCAAUCAGAGCUCUAGAAUUGCAUUAUCCAAUGAUUCAGUUAUUAAUAAUUCUUGCUAUUUUAGGUUGGCAUGGCAACUUUGAUUUUCCAGUCAUAUCAAGGUGUGUCACAGGAUGAAGAAGGAAAAUUAAAAUUAGACCAUAUGAUACUAGAGCAGCUGGAGAGAUUAGCAACAUCCUCAAGAUACUGGACCAUAUUUAGAGUUGGAAAGCAAGCCACAAGACAGGUUUUUAAGUCUUUAUUAUAUGGAUGGAGCGUUAAAAAUAGUUUCAGCGAUUCCAGUUAUUGUCCAAAAAUUUUGAAAUGAAUCCUGUUUGCUUGGUUUAUGUCUAGUGAACACUUUUUAGAGGGAAAUAAACUUAGGGCAAUGUAACCAUGUGUGGCGAACAUUUAAUGCUUUCAACACUGUUCACUAGGAACAAAUGUAAAUCACUUUGCUAGCUUUAUUUGUCAGAGAAACAAAAGAGGGCAUCAGGAAAGGAUUGCAAGAAAAAAUAACAACUUGGAAACGCAAAUCUUUUUGCGACGUUUGCUGCAAAAACUACAGUAAAAAUACAUGUACAUGGAAUGUUUGUCCGUUGUAUUCAAUGAUCACUAAAUAACUUUAAUAAAAACAUCCUCGUGAGGUUUUUCAGGAACUAUUUACAAACUAUUUCCAAUUUAUAAAGCAAAAAUGACAAUAAAAACUCGAAAUCACAAUUUAUGAUGGUAUUCUACUAAAAUCUAAAGCUUAUGAAGGAAAUGUCUGCCUCAAUAGUGUGUCUUUCAGGGCGCGCUUGAAAGAUGCCGAUGAGGCACUUUGCCUAAGUUCAUUAUGCAAGUUAUUCCAUAUGUAGGCCCCUCUGUAGGAAAAUGUGCGCUGGCCUAUAGCCGUUCUGUAUAGCGGAAUCUGCAAAGAGUUCCGUGUACGAGUGUUACGAGUAUGUAUAUUUGAGCGCUUGGUAAACUUGCUCGUUAAGUAUUGAGGCGCAAGAUCGUUCUGACAUUUAAAGGUCAAAACGGAGUCUCUAUAGAAUAAUUGUUCUUUAACAGGAAGCCAGUUUAGCUCUCGAAGCAAAGGUGUUACGUGGUCAAACUUCCUAGAGUUUGUUACGAUCUUGCUGGCAAAAUUCUGAAUAGAUUGUAAUCUGUUUAUAUUCUGGAGUGUAGUAUUAGACCAUACAGAUGAGCAGUAAAGCAUCUUGCUAAAGACUAAUGAUGUUAUUAACAACUCUAGUGUUUCCUUGUCGAAGCUCCUUUUGACUCUAUUUAUUUGGCAAAGCUUUGCGAAACAAGAUGACACUACACAUGAAAUAUGGUGAUCGUAGGUCAGAUGGGGGUCAAGAAAGACUCCCAAGUCCUUGGCAGAGUCUGUUGGCUUCAGUGUUUUACCUAAGAAUACCACUCUAGGGUCUUCUGGUAACCUGCUUAACAUCUGUCUGGUACCGAAAAAAAACCGAAAAGGAGUUUAGUUUUAUCGGGAUUGAUAAGUAGAUGGUUCUCACAGCACCAUUGAGCUACACUGUGAAGGUCUUGUUCGAGCUUUUCAAUGGCAGCAUCAAGCUCAACGAGAGGAAAUGACAUGAAUAGCUUUGAGUCAUCCACAUACCAUUCUAGUUUGCAAAACGUCGGUGACGUGGGUAAAUCGUUGAGAUAAAUGCAGAACAACAAUGGUGAUAGGAUUGCGCCUUGAGGAACUCCGUGAGUUAUAGGUAGAGUGUCAGAGUAGGUGGAGCCAAUUCUCACGUAUCGCCUGCGACCAGUUAAAUAGCUCUUGAACCAUUUGACAGUAGAGGGUGAGGCUCCUAAGAUGGAGAGUUUGUGGAGCAACCUUGCAUGGUCUAUACUGUCGAAGGCUUUGGAUAGAUCUAAUAGUACUAGUGCUGUUAUCUGUUUUUUAUCCAUUGCUUCGAGUAUCUUAUCCGUGAGCAGGAUGUUUAAGGUCUCUGUAGAAUGAGCUUUUUUAUUGCCGCUUUGGUGUGAGGUAAGGCGGUUGUUUUUCGUGAGAUAGGCGCUGAACUGAUUCAAAACAAUCCUUUCGAGGACCUUUGAAGCUACGGCUAGCAGAGAUAACGGUCUGUUGUUGGCAGCUUUUUCAUGGUCACCAUCUUUAAGAAUCGGAAUCACCUCAGCAACUAUGAACACCUCAGACACUUUUAAGUGAAUGAAAUUGUCCCAAAGCCCUACUUAAGAAUUUUCUACCACUGACUGCACUCUUCAAUGAUAUUAUUGCUGUAUGAGAAAGGGUUAGCCUUUUUACUUAGAACUGAGGGUGCUAGUGUCUACUUGACUUUGUCAUAUUUUGGUUGUCAUUGACAACCGUUAUUUGUCUUUCUUUUCAGGGAUUUCAUAGCCUCGCAGCAAAAAUUUUUGAAACCCUUUCCUCUAAGGUAUGUUUAGUGUUUAUGAAAGCCUGCGAGAGGGCGGCGGCUGUAAAAAAACAAACAAGAGAAGCGACGUCCGGAAAUGUGUCUGUGUCCUCAGGCUAGUGCACCCUCAGAAAAGCUUAAUUUCUGUGUCGGUCGAGGUUUCUAUUGAUCGCUUAUUUGAUAACCUUGAGGCUAGAAAAGGAAAUUAUUGUUUUGGAAAAAUGUCUCAAAAAGGUCCCGAAUUUUGUAUGUCAAAAAUUAUAUUCGAAACCUGACAUAUGAAGCAGAGGUUGCGAUUUUUAAGAGAAAGAAACCGACUGUUUUUCAGUCUAUCGUAAAUAAGAUAGCUCUCUUGGGUUUGCGGUCGUCUCGCCACCAAGAAGUCUACUCGCCACUACAUAACUCCGCAAUAAUUGACACUGUUUACUUACCUGGGAUUAGUACUUCUUCCUCAAGCCCAAAUAUAAGUUUAUCGAUUUUAAUUGACACCUUGUGUCGAACUUCUCAUCUUUAGUUUUAAUUUUUGUGAAUAAUUGCCACUUUUUAAUACCUUAAUACGGCUUAUUUGCAUCGCUCGAAAAGUGCGAUUUGUUUAAAAUCCAACAGCCUUUCUUAUGAAGGUUGGUUAAUAUUGUCAAUUGAACAUCACCUCCUUAAAUUCCUUUAUAAAUUUAAAGUGAAAGAAUUCUUUUGAGAGAUUUGUCCUUUCGACAAGUAUAAAGAUAUAUCAGAUUUCUUGGUGGCGAGGUGACCGGAUACCCUCCCUAGGGUUUGUAUACUUCGUAGGGGAAAUGUAGCGGUUUGACAAACGAGAUUAAAAUAUUUUAUUUGAUCUACAGGUUGCUUCUGAACAUUUUUACUUUUGGCUUAAUGCUUUGAAGUUCUUCUGUGAAGCAGAGCGUUUGUUGAAAGAUGAAUGUGAUUCUCAGCUAGCGCUGUCCAAGCAAAUAUCUGAUGCUGGCGCUAAAUACCAGAAAGGGAUUACAACACUCAAGGUCUGUACUAUUACAUCAUCCUCAAAAAUUGAAAAUAGAAUGUAAAGGGCUUAGUUUACAAAGAAACUCUGGUCCUGCGUUGUUGGUGGUGGUGACCAAAAAAAGAUUGAAAAGCUUACGCUUCGAGUGCUUUUAAAGGGGCACCUUCAACCAGUGUGCAUUGCGGUUGUGCACUUCACCAAAGUCAUUUGCUGUAAUAAGGAAAUUACGAACGUUCUGGUUGUGUUUGAAAAUCGGAUUGUACCUUCAUAACCUAAGGCAAUAGCAGGCUGUGAUACCCUUCUUAAAAUAAUAACGAUUAUAAAUAAUAACGAUUUAAAGGUAGCAUAUCUACGUAGAGGUUCUUCGUUUACCAUUCCUGGUCGAAUUGGAAAGUGUUGGUUUUUGAGGAGACGGGAAAACGCGGAGUACACUGAAAAAGGCUUCGCAGAGCAAGGUAGCGAACCAACAAUAAACUCAAGCCACAAUUGACAAAAGGCGUUGUCGCCGGGAUUUGAACCCAGGCCACAUUGGUGGGAGACGUGUGCUCUCACCACUACGCCAUCCCUUGCUCCUGGUUUGCUAAGAGAGAAAUAUACUUUGCCGUGCGUCUAUUUCUUGUUGGACCACAAAGUGGUAGAAAACUCAAGCAGGAAAGUGGAAGAAUCGUGAAAGGAGGUACCCUGCGAGCAGCGGCCUCUUCGAUCUUCCUAGAUAAGAUCGAAGGGCCUCUGCUCGCAGGGUAGAAAGGAGGAAACGGUAACCUUGGCGCCUAAUUCGAUUCUCCCCUUGUUUACUUGUCGUUCUCUGAGUCUACAAAAGGGAAUACACUGUACAUAUGGAAUCCAAGCUGAACUAAAACAACUUCUAUGAUAAGUUUCUUCGCCGUGUUGUAGAUUGUAGUAUGAGAUUCAGAAUUUGAUACUAGAGCCUGAAUGCAGCAAUAGCGAAUCGUGAUGUGUAGGAGGAGAUCUCCGCGAAUGUACCGUUAACUCCCGGUGGUCGAAGGAUGAUGUUGUUGUCGGGUGAAUCGACUCCAGUUCCCAGUCAGACAUCAGAAACAGCUUGGAUGCUGGGACCCGUUUCUCGAAUGUCCCAGUAACUUUUCGGACUCGAAAUCAAAUUUUCAAAUUGAAAUAUAAAGAAUAAGAGCGCGGGUCCUGGCUAGCAAACUACUCCAUUUUUGUUUCAUUAACUGAUAGUUUUAUCAUGUUAGAUGCAAAACUAUUGAAACCUCUAUCUUGCAUGCAAAUUAAAACAGCUUUACGGGCCCGUUAAUUAUCGGGACUUUCGAGAAACGAGCCCCUGGUCUGUCUUAGAGAAUGAAUAGUUGAGUAAUACUGUGCAUUAUUUGCCCGUCACAUUUUAGGCAUCUGUGCAGUCGUCAAACCAUCAGCUGUCUUUCCAGUGUACGUAUGCAAGUCUGAGAGCUGAGAUGUUCCAAGCACAUAGUCGGCUUCUUGCAUCUUGUGCAACCGUGAAAUCCUGUCCUCCGCCUGCUAUUGCUACUGCUGUUGCCAUGGCAACUGGUCAAGACGUUCAACGGUUGAGCCAUUUUGCCGCUCAAGUAAGUCUAAUUGAAGAGUUACAUGUAGUUGAAAGAGCGUUGAGUUUAGCUGAGGCGCGUGUAGUGUACACUCUAAAUCAGAAAGAUCUGUUUUAGCCCUAAAAAUAGGGCCGCUUCGGUGAGUAAAAUACAGUCCUAUUUUUGAGUCUAAUUUGGCUCCCUUUAAUCAGGGCCAAUACAGUCCAAUUAGCUAGGGCUAAUUUGGUCCCAGGGCUGAAAUGGGCCCUACCGUGGGCUGGAAUAGCCUUUUGAUUGAGCUUUUUUGGCCUAAAUUGUGCUCAAAUGAAUCCAGGAAGGGCUGAAUCAGACUUUGGCCAGCAGGGCUGAAUUGACACUUUGGGGCUGAAACAGAUCUUUUUAAUUUUCAGUGUAAUGCAUGUCUAGUUCAGUCAAGCAUUCAUAGGCGGUAAGGUUACCUGGGUGUGAACAAAAUCUUUCUUUCGACACGGGCCAGUUGCUAUCGAAAUAUCACAUCCUUUGCCGUCGCGUUGUCAUUGGUAAAUCUGCCUUAUGGAUGGAAGGAAGAAGAAAUUCGUUGAUAACUCCCUUAGCAUUGCUCUCAGGCUCAUUACAAUAUCAUCCCCGCAGUCUGUGCUAAACAAAACAUUAUGGUUAGUGUCAUUGCUGUUCACUUAUGUGACAGGACACAUCAAGAACUAAGUUUCAAGACCAAACCGCUCAUAACAAAUAAAGCCGGGGACGUGAUCCUGUGACUUUAUGCCCACCUCGUAUAUGUCAGAAUAACUUUACUGAUAUUGCUUUUUAAGAUGACCGAAUGCAGCAAACUGUUCCGCUGUUUGGGGGGAAAAUAUGGACAGUUGUACCGCUCCUCAUUUAAUGCGGACCCGGUCAGUCUGCAGAAUAUCGAAACGUAUCCUUUUAUUCAGCUUUUGUUCGAAAUGCUGUGAUUCUUGUUCCAAGUUUGAUUCCAAGCACUAAAUCUGAGUAAAAUGAAGUCCUUGAUAUAAGGAACCAUAUUCUUCGCCCCAGAAAGAGUUUCAAUAUAACAAAACCUCUUUAUAAACGAACAUAUUUUGCCAGUUCCUUGGGCCUUAGCUCGCAAGCACGCAAAAAAUCGUAAAUUUUACAGCUGCUUGCAAACCCAAGCAUAAGUGGGAAGCAGCGUGGCGGAGUGGUCAGUGCGCUGAACACCUGUUAUGGCUACCUCUUUAUCAGGGUACGGGUAGAAUGUCUGUGAUUUUCUGUUUUUGUACUCUGCAUUUUUUUCCUGAAAAAGGUUAACUUAAAGAUGAUCGAUUAAAAUUCCUUGACGAGUUUCUCAGUCUUCAACAGAGCUGUUUAAUGAUAUCACACAGUAUUGAUGUUUUAAUGAAAACUUCUCAGCCAAGGUAAAACAAGUUAAUUUAGUCAUUUGAUGCGUGAUGUUCACAAGAGUGUAAUGUACUUUUCUCAGUGUGGCCCUGGACAACGUAUAUGUAGCCAGGCUGUUUUGAAGGUGAUAAGUCGUCCGGUGCUCUUCGUUACGUUACGUUUCGUGAUGUUGAGUAAUUUUACUUAAAGUUGCGUUGGGUUUCUCUAAGUUGCGUUACGUUAUGUCACCGAGGCUUAACACGCAUGUUAGACCUCGGAAAGAUUUGUCUGCAUCUACUGAGGAGCCCAUUAACGGACUUCCAUGACAAUAUUUCUCGAGCUUAACCCUUUAAGCCCCAAUAGUGACCCACAUACAAUUUCUCCCAACAAUAACACUGCCUGUUUAAACAGACAGGUCAUGAGAAUGAAUGAAAUGAUCACCAAAGAUGAAAUGUUGUGAUGUUAGAACAAAUUCUCUCCAGCAGUACCAUAAGGAAUGUGUGAAGAACAGUGUGGAGAAGAUGCAUAUUGAUGCUGGGGCUUAAAGGGUUAAAUUCAAUAUAUGUGCGACUUUUAACACGCUCAUCUGUAAACCUCUGAGCUUAUAUUUGGAUUUGUUUGUAGCUCGUCUUUAGGUGAGCAAGGAAGCAGUGUCAACAAGUCUUCCACGUUUAGACGUAGUCCACUUUCCCUGGCGUGCACAGAAAUUCUACAAACAGUAGAGGUUUGUCAUUGACUUCAAAUGUUAAUGGACUAUGACUAACAAAUAUACCGACGUCUCUUUUACUGGCGUAUAUAUUCCAUUGUAGUCUGAAAUGUCAUACGUCUCCACCCCCUAACCCGUGGGGAUCUCUCUCUCCCCACCCCCCACGGGUAAGCUGGUGGAGACGAAUGACAUUUCAGACUACUUCCACUGCAGCUUAAGGGGAAGUGGGGAAAUUAAGCCAAGGCACACGAGAAGCGAGUUCGUGAAGGUUUCCUUCUCUGCUUCCUCGCGCGUUCCCUUUCCGUUCCACCAGUCCCACAGGUUGCGUAUCAUUAAAUAAACUGCUCACGAUAGCUUCUUCAGUUCUGGUCUCCCUUUUGGGACGUUAAAGGGCCCAUACUACUGUUCAAAAAAAAGUAGGGGACGUAGUCCCGGGUGGUGUGGCCAACCUUUCCUGGGUUGGGUGGGUUAUCUCUAGGGAGACAUCUUAAUAUAGGGAUAACCUGAUGAUCUUCCUCCAGGUGUCGUAAUGGCAACCUGUAAACUGUGUAUUUUAUUGUAUCAUAUUAGUCCACCUCACCAACGAUACUCAGCUAUUAAAAAAGUGUUUAUUUCAACGAAAGAAGCUCCGGAAUAUCUUUAAAUGAAAACUAGCUCCUUCAUCUUUAAAACAUGUAUUACUCGCCUUAUGAAGAGGCUCCUGGCCAGGUAUCCUCAUGUUUUUUUUUUUUUUUCAACAAGCUAACUACAGUCACUAAACGUUAAAUUUUUUAUUUGACUUUUUACUGUAUAAUUUUUCUUAUCUCUUUAGGAGCUAGCAAUUCAGCUGGAGGCUCUUCCUGUUUGCCACUUGGUAAAAUGAUGAAUCAUUUAAUGAUAUCCAUGUAAUUUAUUGAACACUGAGCAGACGCAGUAAAUUAAUAAAGUUUUUUAACUUUUGUACACUGGUUUCACUUGCUAAUGAAGUAAUUUUAUCAGUUAAGGAAUCAAAAUUAAUGUGCGAAGGUGUGAAAACUUUCUUAAGUUAAUUUUUUUCUGGAUAGAUGAAUAACUGACUUGGAUACUAACAGCCACCUACUUUUCAAACACCGAAAAGAAAGUUCGAAAUAAAUAAUGCGGCAGAGUUCUUUUAGUCUAGUUAAUUUGGGAAAUGUCAGUGUCAUGAUAUUGAUUUAUGGUUAUACAUUUUAUCGUUUUUCAGCAAACUGAAUGUCUUAUUCGGGCUUCCAUGACUCUCCUGAAGGUGCCGUUUAUUUUCCCGAAACACUUCUUCUCCAGUCAACAAGCCACGUUUAUCAAGGUUUGUACUCAAGAAUUUUCUAUGUAUCUAUUUUGGUGACUCCUAGAUUGCCUGUGCAGUAGAAGCUCUCGUUAGCGGACACCCUCGUGACGCGAAAAAGGUGCCCGUACCUGGAGCUGGUCGCUUACGGAAAUGUAAAAAUACAGAGUUUGUAUGAGAGUUGAGAAAAACGGGGUUUUGUGAAGGUGGCCUUGACUAGAGCUGUCCUCUUACGAGGGUGUCUGUUAGGAGAGCCUCCUCUGUAUACAGUCUUGAUUUUGUUAGCUUUAUAAAAGUCGUGGAAUUUUGUUUUCUAGUUGCCGUGUUAAUAACCGUUAUAUCGCUCGCUACGCGCUUCAUUUAACUUUUCUGAACCAACCUUGCAUUAUUUGAUGUCGUCGUCUUUGGUUCACGACAUAAUUUAUAAACAGUUCAGAAAAGACAUUAUCUUCGCAAGAUACUACUAGAAAACCGGAAGGUACUGGUGGGUACUGGUGGGAAUUUUUCUGUUGCACUCGCAACCUCGUUCCCAGGGUUCUCUCCUUCGUUCCGUAGGGCGGGUAGGAGAGAACCCUGGGAACGAGGUUGUUGCACUCGCACAUUACCAGUCAAAAUGGCGGGAGUGGGGUACAGGUAACCCAUGGAAAACGCGCGAAAAUCUAGUGGGAAUGGCGCGGGAAUGGAAAAGAUGCUAGUUUUGUCUCGCGGUCCGUAUAAAAGAAUCUUUUUUGAAAUUAGUUAUAAUCAGUAAGAGACAGGACGCAACAUGUUUGAAAUGAAUGAACAUUAGGUAGAAAUUCCUUUCUUGUGACAAAACUUGAAUCUGUUUACUUUAUGUAACACUUAUUUGCCAGUCAUCCUCACGUUUUGAACAACAAUUACUUUUGCUAAUCUUGGUCUCUCCUGUCAUGCAGCUGGCGUUGUCACCUUCGCCUCGGUCGCCUUCAGAACCAAUUUCGGUCACACUGGAUACACAAUUUGUUCUUAAGGUGGAAGGAGUCAUAGAGCGCAGUCAAAAGCUAGGUCAGAGUCUUGUUAGAGGUGUAAACUUAUACUUUUACUACAGUAUUGUAGUAUGACCCGAUGUAAUGUUAGUAACUUAAUUUUCCCCAAAUGGUUUUACAUUUGGUUUCAACUUGGAAAACAACUACGAUGCCACGAACUAUUUUUUUUACGAAUGUUUUUCUCAUAUGAAAUCUGUAGUAGACAUUCCACUUCAUAGUUGCACGUUUGUCCUGAACUGGCUAACGACGUAUUGUGCAAAAUCAUCCGCCUUGAUCAGGUCUCAGGCUGUAAGUCUUAGCUCAAAGCCAUAACCAAUCCCUUGUUUACAUUACAUGGGCUCAAAGUUGGAUUAUGGAGUUACCUUCACCAUUCAAUUUUAGUUUGUGUUGUUUUUCUUGUUUAUAGGACUUUACCGCGAUGUGCAGUCUGUUUGCUUGUCAGUAACAUGGCGCGCUGAGGACAGAAAGCCACAUCCCGUAGAUGAAAAGGUUUGUAUUUGUUUCUAGACUCACAGUAGUUUUGGGCCCUUCAGACUCAUUGAGCGUAGACUGCAAGACAGUUCGUAUUUUUGCGUAUUCAAGUACCUACGCGCGAGCAGUCAAACAAAAGGUCUGGAACGAGGCUAAAAACAGAGAGCGAGACUGGGGAGAGACCGUACGGGCGAGUGAGACUCGUGCGCUUUGCGCGCGUAAGACUGUUACGCCACGCUUUACCGAUUUCUGUACUGAUUUUCUCUGGUACUUGCAACACAAGCAGUGUAAAAGAUUUCUGAAAUUUCGGUGUAUUUUCUUUAUUUCAGACUUCCCGAGAUCACGUGACCAGCUUAGAACAAACAGUAGUUCCCCACCAUGAUUACUUUAGUGCCCAGUUCCUUCUCCAGUUUAGUACACAGUCUAUUUAUCACGUGACUGUGUCUUCUAGUGUGAUUGACAGUUCCGGGAUACUGUGGAAUACAGGGCCCCAGAAUACCCUGCAGGUUAAGACCACGGAUUCUGCCAGUAGAAAGCAGAGAACGUCUAGAUCAUAG